CUUCAAACCUUUUGCGACUUCUCAAAGUCUACUAUUAUACGUCGAUCAUAACCCAUGAGCCUUUAGAUUGUGCUUGGCUGUUGUUGCAGAGCCUAGAACCUGGAGCAUCCAGAAACAAACCAUCCGGGGCCAUAUUGUUUGUAGUUGUUCUCGAGCUUCACCAAUUUCGGUUGGUAUCGCAGGAUCUUCACGCUGUGUGUUUCAUGUUUCGAAGUGGUUACGUGAGCUUUUCCAACAGAGCCAUCUUGGGAAACGGCCGGUUUCAUUUGCGCAAAGUCAAUUCUUGUAUGCGCAACAUCCAUUCGUAAGCAACAAUGCCUCCAAUUUCUGGAUUUUGCGCUGGCUUUGGAGCCCCUGGCCUCUCUUAAUCCAAAGCUGGCUCAGAAAGGAGCAAGUUGCAAAGGCUGCUGUUUGUGAAAGGAUCACUUUAAUUUGGCGGUUAAUGGCUGCAGGGGAAAUAUGGGGAAAUUGUUUGUUCCUUUGUGGCAACACUGGCAGAUUUUAGGUCGGGGGUGAACCGAAAACAGGGUGUGAUUUUGCAUUCUCGGAAGGUUCAUUUGGCUGGUGUUUGUGUUUUUGGAAGCGGCUUCUGAUCAUUUCCGACCGUUUCAGUUUCCAAGACUCAAGGACUAAGUCUUGCUUGUGACAGGAAGCACAUACUGAUGACAGGAUCGGCUUGGGCCCUGGAUCGCAACGAGCAUUGUCCUCGUUCCUUGUGUUAACACUGUGUCUUCAACCACCCCAAAAGUGGAGCCAUACUACUUGCAAUUCUAGUUCAUACGAGGCGGCAGGGCAUGCAAGAGAAACAUGCACUGCAAUGUGUGAAGGUGGUGCCCUUCAACAUGUUCAACAUCCUUUGCCUGCCUCUCAUCAUCAUUCGAUCUUUCUGCCACAGUCAGUUUCAAAACGACGAGUGUGCAAGAGACUGUGGAUGUUCCUCUUUUCGAGGUGUGCAACGUUGGCAAGGCCCAUCCUCAUCCCUGCAGCGCUAACCGUUUGGACAGCUUUUGCUUGGCCGUUCAGGGUUGCUACCGAGUGCUGCAAACCGAGGAUUAGCAACUGCGUUGGAAAAAUGGUGUGUAAGGACCUUCAAGUAAGCUCGCAGACGAACACAUGAAAGGCAUCGCGUCUGAGACAUUGAACUAUGACAGGACUCGUCAAGAAGGGAUUUGUCAAAAAAAAACAGACUCAAUGAAGGCUCCUGCAAUUACAUAGACCGGCAAGUAUUGGUGCCUUUGGUUCGCAAGCCUUUGUUCUAGUUGGUUAUUGGUGCAGAUGGGACAUGAAAAGCACAAGUUGCAACUAUGUUGAACAUUGAAGUGAGUACAUGAUUAUUUUGCAAUGAAAAAGAACAGGCUGUAUUCAUGUCUGAUAGCGAGAUGGAACACUCAACAUCAAGUGAGUUUGCUGAGAUUCCACACAGACUCCUGCCGCAAGACUCGGCAAGUAGAGUAUUGCCGUCCGCCAAAAGGGACAGUGAAUCCGGCCAACAGGAAAACCCAUAUUUAUUAAGCCAACCAGGUUCAGUGUUGAAGAGAUGUCUUUUGGGGAGAGCCAGACAACAACCAUCCCGCUGCAGGUCUCGUCCGCAUUUUGGCCGGCUGACGGAUGCCACACCAAGCAUGUGAGCCAGCAAUAUCUUGCCCUCACGGCUGGAAGUCGGACGGGCAGGGCCCAGCAUCUGCAGUGAUGGACGGUUGGAAUGGGACGGCGUUUUGAUUUUCUUCAAAUUCGGCCAGUAUCAUAGGAUCUCGAAAGCUUAUGCUUCAUUUGUCGAACUGCAAGGGAGCCAUCCUUCAAAACAGUAUGUGGCUUCUCAAAGUCUUCCGUUAUACGGUCGCCGUCAUCCUCCAUGUGUAAGAAAACCCUCUGCCAGUUUCCAACACUUGUGUUGGCUUUCAAGCUCUUUGAGUGUGCUUGGCUGUUUCUGCCGACCCAUAGAACCCGGAACAUCACCAGGACCAUUUGUUAAACCUAUGAACAGUAUCCCAGAGACUCAAAAUUUAAUCUUGCGCCACUGAAGAUUAGGCUUUUGGCACUGGCCGAGUAUUGUUUGUGUAAUCAAAGCCUUUGCUGAAGAAUUCGAUCAAGUUUGAAACAAUGCAUCGCUCAGCAUUCUACAAGAUUCGACAUGUUGCCAGUGGAGAAGCGGACCCGGAGCACAAGUCGAAGCACGUGAAAGCAAUCUUUGACAAACAAGCACGACACCGAUGAUUUGGGCAAAGGCGAAACCAUCACCACAUAACAAGGAAUGCUCAAGGUAAGCCAUGCCGUCUCAAAACACUGAUGGCUGAACAUCUCCUGGAACCCAAAAACUCCAGAAGCAAACAGUUGAGGGCCAGAUUAGGGUCAGAAGUGGACAUUUGGAAUUUGACCGUUUUCUAUGUUUAUCAAUGUCGGUCAGUAUCGUUCAGUCCCAAGAGCGUACGGUGCAUGGUUAAGGACCAGUGGGUUUGUGCCUUUUCGCAAGGGUGUGAUGACUGAAACUGCAGCGUUCACCUGCUCAAGGCUCACUUUUGUAUGCACAACAUCCUUGUGGAAACAACCUCCUGGUCCGUUCCUGCAGUUGGUCAUCGAUUUUCAGCCAUUUGCCUCUGUUGCUUCAUCGAUUUUCCGAGAUGGCCGACUUACAAAAGUGGCUGCUUGUGAAACGAACAUUUCAAGCCGGCCGUUCUUUUUGAUAGAUUGAUUGACGGUGUGAACAUGGCCAAGAGCUGCCUAUUUCUGUCCGCGUUCUAGGUGUGCGAUUGCUGCAGGGCUUAGAGUCUUCGCUCCAAAGGUGAAGCAACUUGACUUACCUUUGUUGACAAAAGCCUAAAAGGACGUGCUAGUUGCUCAUAGUUUCCGAGAUAUAGGUUCUGGUAUUUGCGACACCAAUCUUUUUGGCUGAGCCCUGGCAUGAUUGAAAGUGUAAGCAGAUGUUGUCGUUGCAACGGAAUCCUGCAGAGCCAUGUCCGCUUUUCCUGCUGCAGUGUUUGUUUUUUCGCCGACUCCGUUUGCAUUGCCAGUUUCUUGCAGUUGCCACCUGAUGACGAGCUUCACGUGCGGCCUCUGUUCACGGUUGACCGUGGACACUAAGCUGAUAUUCCAGUUUUCGCCAGCUUGGAUGAGGAUGUGCCCCCUGCCAGCUGGUACGGCUGAGUGGAAAUCCUGCUUGCUGCAGAGCGCUUACGGUGGCAGCGGGGAGGAGAUUCCUUUGCUUGUCUAAGGAAUGACUCCACUAUCAAAAUACUCAUCGAAGAUCAUGGAAGCAUCAUUCUGAUAGGUCAGAAGCAGUGAUCACUUGCUUCCGAAGCAGAAGUGCAAAUUGGAGUUGUCAGCCUGAUCCUAUGUCGCUCAUUGCAUCACCCAGAUUGGCUUGGAAGUUCUACUCAUGGUGGGGCUGUUCGCAGACGCCAAAAACCUUUGGGCACGACACACCUCUCAUCACGGGCGCCGGUCACCGGUGAUCGCCGGACUGGUCGCCGACAUCGCUGAGCUGAAAGGGUCGGCCUGGUGGCAAGGUGUGGUUGCAAAUGGGACAUAAUGUGACCAAGAGCAGCUGCUCAGAGGUUUCGUUUGAGUUCUCCACAAAGCAAUCAACAGAGAAAACCCCAGAGUUGCGCAAGAACCAGCAAUACCAUGCAGAGAACAGCUUUUCAGAUCUUUUCAGUUCUUUGCAACAAAGAAAGCAACAGAGAUGCAGCCAUUAUGGAUUGCUUGACCUGGUCAUGAGGAAGGAAAAAGUGCCUCCGCGUUGUUGCACUUGAUUACACAACCAGCUUGAUCUCGUGGCAUCAGGUCACAACAGAUGGCCUCGAGGUGUUUUAGCUUCCUGCGUGGCUGUGGGGUGUGAUACUGUGGGUUGUGUGUGUGUGAUUUGCAUGCUUCCUUUAAGCCCUCGUGCCAACUAACAGCGUGCGGCUUCACGCCAUGUCAAAGGAAGCCGAUAUGGGUUUUCCUCAUGAAAGGUUUAGUUCAUACGGAAGUGGCUGUUUCAGAUCAAACACCGUUCUUUUCAAUCAGUUUGGGCAGUCAAUGUCUUGAGUCGUGAAACACCAAAACAGCGUCGAAGGGAGGUCCAGGAGCAACGAGCAUGAGGCCCUUGUG